AUGGGGGUCCUGCUGGCCCUGCUGGGCUGCACGGCCACGGAGAGCUGUGUGGCCUCGCAGGACAAGGUGACCCAGUUGCUUCAGCGCAUGGAGGGAUCUGUCAACUACAGCGAGCCACCGAACCCCAGCAUCCUGCUGGCCAUGAACCUGGCAGGGGGGAACACCGAAGGGUUCACCUACAAGUGGCUGCUCCAGGAGAUCAAGGAGGAGGCAGUGAGGAAAGCCCAGAAAGACAUGACCUCGGGACAGGUGGCUCUAUAUGUCCUCGCUCUCCUCUCCUCCUGUGAGGACCCCAGGCAGGUCCAGGCCCAGGGGCAGACCCUCGACCUGAUCAGUGUCCUGCAGCAGAAAACAGAUGAGGAGAUAGCUAAACUGGAGGACCAGGGUGUCCCCAAAACCACCCUGUUCAGCGUCAGCCUGGACAUCCUGGCCUUGUGCCUGGCCAAGGCAUCUGACUACCAAAACCCUUCAGUGAUCCUGGCCAAGCAGGUGCUAAGACCUGAGAGCCACAUCUUCGUGGACACCCGUGCCGUGGCGGUGCUGGCCUUGGCGUGUGCCUAUGACUAUGUGGACGCCCAGGACGAGCAGAAUCUGCUCCAGAUGGCACUGGAGGCAGUGACCAACAGCUUCCUGGAUGAGCAGGAGGCAGAGAAUGGCAUGAUUGGGAAUAUCUACAGCAUGGGGCUGGCCCUGCAGGCGCUGGAGGCCACAAGGAAGUUUUACGCCCCACGGGAGUGGAAUUGUACCCAGGCCUUCGCCGUGGUGUCCAGACAUGAUUACCAGCAGCCCAUGGCCAUUGCCCAGGUGCUGCCAGCCCUCGUGGGCAGGUCCUACCUGGAUGCAGCUGGUCUGGACUGCAGUGCAUCCCCAGGCCCACAGGUGACCCUGGCCCAAACACCAGGGGUUCACACAGACUUCCCCCCAGCUCCCAUCACAGUGACGUACACAAUCACCAACAAGCUCCAGGGAAAACACUUCAAACACUCCACCUCAGUGACAGUCCCAGAUGGCUCCAUACUGCUCCGGGUGCUGGAGGUGGCAGCAGCAGAGAAACCCCAAACCUUCAGCUUCGAGACUGAGAAGACAUCCUGGGGCCCCAUGGUGGUCUCUAUCCAUGGACUGGCUGGCAGCACAGAGGACAGGACAUACUGGCAGUUCCUCAGCGCCGGGAAUGCCCUGGAUGAAGGGGUUGGCACCUACAAGCCACAUGCUGGAGAGCACAUCCAGGCCAACUUCACCACCUACUGA